GACAGGUGGCAUCGAUUCUGGGAUGCCAGGGCCAUUUCCUCCCAGACGGGGGGCAAAUCCUCGAGAAGCCGAGACAUCCCGUCCAGCCACCUGUCCUAAACCGGGUGCAGGCCGUGGUCACCUCUCUAGAAGGCUCGGGAGAGCCGGCCACACCGCCCCUCUCGGGUGCAGAAAGCCGGCUUCCCCCGGCCACUGGGAAGAUUCCUGGCUAUCCACCCGGCCGGGGUAUCUAGGGGCAGGAGCCGCGCCGGGCGUGCGGGAUAGACUAGAGAACACGCUCGCCUGACUGCCUCGCCACCCCACCCGGACCCAGGCUCGGCGCCGCACACUCCCCGGGGGGGCCGGCGCAGUCACGCGCACACCACAUUUGCGUUCACGAGCGCGCAAGGCCCUCGCUCUCCGCCCCGCACACCUGCGCUCCGCCCCCUGGUCCUGGGCCGGCGUCGGGCGAAGGCUUUUGGGAACCCAGAGUGGCUUCGGCGGCGCACCCCAUCUCUUCCCCUUUCCGGGGCCGGAGUUGUCGGGAAUCUGCCGCUGCUCCCAGCCAGGCGACAUCCCUCUCCAUCCUUCCCUCCCCCCCGCCUGCCGCGGCACCGGUAUCUGCAGCCGCAGCCCGGAGCCGGUGAGGCGGCGAAGGGGGGAGGGGAAGGAAGAGAGGGAUGAGAGCCGGGAGGGCGUCGGGGGCCCUGAGCCGGACUAGGACGCCCCUGGAGCCGGAACCCGAGCAGGAGCCGGAGCCGGAGCCAGAACCAAACCACCGCUGCAGCCCUCAAACCCCGGGAGGCGCCCUGGCCCGCGCUCGCCCCCCAGGGCCUCAUGGCGGAACCACAGCCUGACCUGGAGCCACCCCAACAUGGGCUGUACAUGCUCUUCCUGCUUGUGCUGGUCUUCUUCCUCAUGGGCCUCGUGGGCUUCAUGAUCUGCCACGUGCUCAAGAAGAAGGGUUACCGCUGCCGCACAUCCAGGGGCUCGGAGCCUGAUGACACCCAGCUCCAGCCCCCUGACGAUGAUGACAUGAAUGAGGACACAGUAGAGAGAAUUGUUCGCUGUAUCAUCCAAAAUGAAGCCAAUGCUGAGGCCUUGAAGGAGAUGCUGGGGGACAGUGAAGGAGAAGGGACAGUGCAGCUGUCCAGCGUGGAUGCCACUUCCAGUCUGCAGGAUGGAGCCCCCUCCCAUCAUCACACAGUGCACCUGGGCUCUGCAGCCCCUUGCAUCCACUGCAGCCGCAACAAGAGGCCCCCACUUGUCCGUCAGGGACGCUCCAAGGAAGGAAAGAGCCGUGGCCGGCCUGGGGAGACCACCGUUUUCUCUGUGGGCAGGUUCCGGGUGACACACAUUGAGAGGCGCUAUGGACUGCAUGAGCAUCAUGAUGGCUCCCCCACAGACAGGAGCUUGGGCUCUAGUGGGGGGCAGGACCCAGGGGGCAGCCAAGGGUCUGGGGAAGGGCAGUCCAGGGCAGGGAUGCCAGCCAUUGAAAGCCUGCCCCCUGAGAGGCCACAGCCCCAGGCCCUUGCCAGCCCCGCAAUGCAGAAUGGACUCAGGGACAGCAACCUAGUCCCUUGUGCACUUGGAGGGAACCCUGGAGCCCCUGCAGAGUCACCGCUGGCGGCUGGAGGGAGGGGCCCAAGCCCAGGGCUGGCCAGUCAAGAGGCCAAUGGACAGCCAAACAAACCGGACACAUCAGAUCACCAGGUGUCUCCAGCACGGGGAGCAAAAGGUGUGUGAGCCUCCUUCUUCAUUGCCGAAGAACUACCAGUUGCAGAGCCAGGGGCUGGGUGGCCAUGAAGCCCCUCCUUUCCACUGGACAGCACUGCCCCCAGCUGAGGGACCGGUCCUAAUCGGUCUCAGCCUGGAGGACAUUGGGAGAAGGCACCCACCCCCACCCCUAUCCCUGGCCCUCAGUCCCCUUUCCUUGCCUGCCAACAGGCUGCCUGACCCACGUUCCCCAUUACCUUGCUCCAUAUGCUAGAGUGUGGCAACUGGGAUCAGGCCCCCUAAAGCAAUAGCACCUUAGGCCCCCUGCCCUUUAUUCACUGUCAAUAAAUCUGCUCAGACCAUUA